CGCGCGGAAGUUUGUUUUUUGUUAUGAAGAGCAGUUGAAAGAAGUUAGCUUUGCACCAAAACUCACUGACUUUUCUAAACAGCUGAUGUAUUCUUCAACCAGCGGCUGAAUGAAGCGUGUGUAUUAAGUUGAAGCGGACAUGUCUCAUAUUAAAGAGUACACCGACAGACUGAAGCGUCUUUAUGAGCGCUACACCGACUAUGUGAGGAGAAACCCGGCGGCUACGGCUCAGCUGGAGAGCACCGUGCGGACCCUGUCCUACCUGAUCGCAGGGCGAUUUGCAGAUUCCCAUGAAAUAUCUGAACUAGUGUACUCUGCCUCCAAUCUCCUGGUGCUGUUCAAUGACAGCAUUCUGCGCAAAGGCCUGAGAUGUGCCCUACAUGUGUCUCUCUCUCAGCAGAGGCUCCUCACCUGGCUGUCUGUGUUGGAGUACGUGGAGGUUUUCCUGGAGAUGGGAGCCUGUAAGCUGUGGGGUGAAGUCGGCCGCUGGAUCGUCAUCGGACUCAUUCAGAUCUUUAAGGCCAUUUUUCGCAUCGUGCUUCUUCUGUGGUACAAAUCCGGCAUCCAGACUUCACCUCCCAUAAUCCCCCUGGACAGAGGUGCAGACUUCGGCGGUGAAGAUGAAGGUAACGAGGAGCAGCAAGACGACACGUGCUUCGUGGGUCAGAGGUCAGGACGAGUCGUCAGGCCGCUGGGCAGCGCUCCCUCCCUGCAGGCGCGGCUGUGGGGAGCACCGAGUCAGAGGAAGAGGAGAAACAGCUUAAAGGAAGAGAAGCUCCACAGCAAACCAACACAGCUGGGGCUCCAGGAGACCAUCGCAGAGUCUGUGUACAUCGGACGGCCACUUGUUCACCUGUUCUGCCUCGGACUGUGUGGGAAACAGUCCUGGAAGCCGUGGCUCGUCUCUGGACUCCUUGAACUCUCCAGCUUCGCGGUGCUCAGUGAUAAAAAAUUUCAAAAUCGAUGGGAGAGAGCAGAGAUGAGGAGGAGAACUUUUCUUCUGCUGUACUACCUUCUUCGCUCACCUUUCUACGACAGAUACUCUGAGGAAAAGAUUCUCUUCCUGCUCAGACUUCUGGCUGAUCACGUUCCAGGAAUCGGCCUCGUUGCACGCCCUCUCAUGGACUACCUCCCCUCCUGGCAGAAGAUCUACUUCUACAACUGGGGAUAAAAACCUGCCAGACGUCAUCACAAUCUUUUGACGUUUGCGAGUCAACAGAGGAAAAAAACGAACUGACAGGCCGUUACGGCGGGCCGUAUCCCCCCCCCCACAGAUCACAUACAAGGAUUUGGAGAUGAUCGCCACUUCCAGCCAACAGCGAACGCCUUUAUAUUAAUAUAAACUGAUUUAAGAUGUAAGAAAUAACUAUUUUGGUAACACUUUCAGCAAACUGAUUCAUGUAUAUUUUUAUGGGGUCUGUCUUUUCUCUUGUCUGGUUUGAGGAAACAUCUGCCGCCGUCGUGUCUACACAGUGACAGUUUAUAUGAUUUGUGGCAGAAUGUGAGUUCUGUUAUUCUAUAAUUUCAUUCCAGUCUUGCCAAGCCCCUCGUUAUGUCAGCAGAUAAGCUGCAGGGUGACUAUAAAAAAAAAAAAAGACAAAGCUGUGAGUUGUGAACAAUUCAUCCACACCGGCGGGCAUCCCACCUGUUGCAGAAAAGAGGCUGCGACACCAGUGGAAGCACAUUAAAACAUCAUGAAAACUUGUGAGACAGCAAAAACAGGUUUGUGUCAGGGUGUGUAUGUGUGCUGGAGUCAAAGACAAGAACAUAACUGAGGUUUUCAAUCUUUAUUAACAUACUGAAUAAGUUUCUUUUUGUAGCCUACAAAUAAAUAGUUUUCAUCCUUUCAAGUCCA